GCGUACGGACAAGUGUGGCUGCUACGAUAAGCGUGCGGUGACCUUUGCGCGGGGCAGGUCCUUGGCAUCCAGGGCUCAGACUCGCUGCGGUCGCCGAACCAAGCUUCCUGGAGGCCGCGCCGGGGUCGGGGCGCCGCUGCCAUGGACAUCCCGCCGCUAGCCGGCAAGACCGCAGCGAUGUCGCUCGGCGCCCUGCCGCUGUCCUACGUGCUCAACCAAGUCUCGGCGUUCUCACAGCCCUUGUGUGCAGUGCUGAUGAGUGGGCUGAUACUGGGUCUGCUCUUCAUGGCCGUCUACAGUCUAUCUCAUGGCGAGAUCACCUAUGACCCUCUCUAUGCUGUCUUUGUGCUCUUCUCCUUCACCUCGGUGGUGGACCUCGUUAUUGCACUCCAAGAAGAUGGCUACAUGGUGGGCUUUAUGGAUUUCUACACCAAGGAGGGUGAGCCCUACCUACGCACAGCACAUGGCAUUUUCAUCUGCUACUGGGAUGGUACUGUCCACUACCUACUCUAUCUGGCCAUGGCUGGUGCCAUCCGGAAAAGGAAAAGGUACCGGAACCUUGGGCUCUACUGGCUGGGGUCCUUCGCCAUGAGCCUCCUGGUGUUCCUCCCAGGAAACAUCCUUGGUAAAUACAGUUCAGAGAUCAGACCUGCCUUCUUCCUCGCCAUCCUCUACAUGCUGGUCCCAUGCUGGGCUGGUGUGAAGAUCUUCAGCCAGUCCCAUGCACCAGCCUCGUACACCCCCAACAUGGUACAGGAGGAGCAAAAAAAAGGCCUCCUACAGCGCCCAGCCGACCUGAUGUUCGUCAUGUACCUCAUCCUUGCUGCGUUCUUCACUCUCUUCCGGGGCCUGGUGGUACUUGACUGCCCCACAGAUGCCUGCUUCACCUAUAUUUACCAAUAUGAGCCAUACCUGCGGGACCCUGUGGCCUAUCCAAAGUUGCAGAUGCUGAUGUAUUUGUUCUAUGCUCUGCCUUUCUACUGCCUGGCUGCCUAUGCCCUCAUUUUCCCUGGCUGCUCCUGGCUGCCAGACUGGGCCUUGGUGUUUGCCGGAGCCAUUGGCCAGGCGCAGUUCUCACACAUGGGUGCCUCCAUGCACCUGCGCACACCCUUCACCUACCGCGUGCCUGAGGACACCUGGACCACCUUCUUUCUAAGCAACAUGCUGUUUGCACUGGGUCCACACCUGCUGGCUUUCCGCUGCCUGUGGUGGCCUGCCUUCUUCAUGCAGUCACCACCCUCGGAGCCCCAGGGCCAAGGCAAGAAGCAGCAGUGAACAUGUGCACUUCUCUGCUAGGACCUCUGUGCAGCCGGCCUUGCCCUGCAAGGAUGGAUUGGCCCUUUUAAGACCAGAUGGACAUCUGGGAGAAUUGCAAUCCAGGCCAGAAAGGAGUGUAGGAGACCCAUGACAAGAUGUUCUUGCUAUGUCACUGUGCCCCCAAAUCCACAAGGACUCCAGUGCCCUCUCCUGGAAUUUACCCUUCACCUCCCCUCAUCCUUUUAAUAAAAACCCUUUUGAUGUCCUGGA